AUGGUUUCCAUUAAUGAAAAAUCAUUGCUUUAUGCUAUGAUGGCGACUAUAGGGCUUUCCACACUGUUCUGUCUUAUUGGCUUGACAACACCAGGUUGGGGUCCAAAUCCCAUUCCAAAUCUUACCAAGGGAUUGUUUGUUUUCAGCCCUUUGAUACGUUUAAUGAAUCCAGCUGCUGUUCCUCUAUCUAUUCUUUCAUUGCUCUUGUUGAUCGGCUGCCUGACCGUAUUUGGUCUAAUAUUCAGCGGUAAACUAAAAAAUCAUUACGUACCUGUUGGAACAGUCAUUUUACUAAUUAUUACAGCAAUCUUCUUGCUUAACACGUUUUCGUCUUUCUUCUCUACGACUCACUUUUACUCAGUCCAUCUGAUGGUAACAGCAUGUGUAUUUAUGUAUUUAACAUCUAUUAUUGCAACCUACUGGCUCGCUACCAUACAUGGUGGUUUACCUCAUACUAAAACAAAAUCUGGCAAUCGUCCACGUAUAAUUGGUGUAGGUGGUAAUGAACCAUCGGGCGAAUUCUAG